AUGGCUACCGCGGACGCGUUGAUUGCAAGUCUUCAGAACAUCAACGGGGAGAGCUUCACAGAUAAAGCCGAGAGGAUACGAGCCAGAGAUGCGCUGUACGAUGCGUUGAGAAAAGUCCAGACGCCGUGGGGUAUCGCGUGGGAUCACAUCGUGCUCAUCGACGCGGGCAUCUUCAAAAAGUGGCAUGAGGCUGGUGGUGAACCCAUCACCUGUACCAAGCUCUCAAAGCUGACGGGUGCCGAUGAGCACCUCAUCCGCCGCAUGAUGAGGGCAAUAGCAGGCCAACGCCUCGUCAUCGAGACAGACCUCGACACCUACGCCCGCACACCCUGGGCCCAGGCCCUCGGCGAGGACGCACCGCUGCCGGCCAUGUACGGCGGCUUCUACGGCGAGCUGACGAACCCCAUGUUCCGCUUGCUGCCGUACUACCUCAAGCAGAACGGGUACCGGAACCCGACAGACACAAACGACUGCAACUUCCAACACUGGCUGGGACCCGAGGCCGUCUUCUUCAAGUAUGUCGGCACGAACCCGCUUCUCACGUCGGAUUUCAACGACGUCAUGGAGUGCCAUUCGCGGGAUAAUCUCACGGCGUGGACGGAGGUGUAUCCCACGGAGAAGAUUAUUGACGGAGCGAUCCCGGAGAGGCCGUUGGUCGUCGACAUCGGCGGCGGAAAGGGUCAUGAUUUGAGGAAAUUCCACGUCCGGCAUCCGCAGGUUCCCGCGCGGCAUCUCAUCCUGCAGGACCUGCCCGAUUUUCUCAAGGACCUGCGCGGUGCGAGGGCGUACUUUCUGCACAAUGUCCUGCACGACUGGCCCGACGCCACAGCGGUGGAUAUCCUGAAGAAUAUUGCGGGCGCCAUGGAGAGGGGGUACUCGAGGCUGCUGAUCCACGAAAGCUUGAUCAGCGAGCGGGCGCCGCUUUCCAAGGUGACGGCGACGGAUAUGAUUAUGAUGGCGGGGUUGGCGUCGGCAGAGAGAACGGAGGAGCAGUGGGGGAAGUUAAUUGCGGCGGCGGGGUUGCGGUUUGUGAAGAUUUGGAGGCCGGUGCAGGCGGUUGAGAGUGUUAUUGAGACGGAGUUGGCUUGAUGAAUGAUGGUACGCGGUUGGAGUUUCUGGUUUGAGUGGGAGGAGGGCUUCUUGUUUGAUGUAUCUGUAUGGUUUAGCAAGCGUAUGGGAGGCAGGUCUUUGGUAGAAUCGAUGUUAUACUUGGUCGAAUAUGGUAGCGCCUAAUUUCCUGCGCAUCUUGAGAUCG